AUGAGUGAGAAUGAAUCUGGCAGCGAGCCGCUCGCCCCGUUGACGAAAAGAAUGUCGCUGGAUCUCCCAGGCCUUCGGCACGGUUCAAUAAUGCAGAGGGUGCAAAGCUCGGACGAUGUGGUGUUCGCGGACAUGGAAGCGAAGAACGAGCUCGAGAGGAAGGUCGAGAAAUCUUAUGUCGACGCUGAUGAGGAAAGGCUGGCAUCUGCCAAGGGCUCAUUGCUGCAGGAAGUCCUGGACAUCUCGUCUGUGCUCUCUGAUGGUGCAGCAUGCCUUGUGGAUGACUCAUUCUUCCGAUGCUUUACAAGUGCUACGCCCGACCCAUGGAACUGGAAUUUCUAUUUGUUCCCACUGUGGGCCUGCGGUGUGGUGAUUCGUUACCUCUUGCUCUUCCCCAUCAGGUUGCUGCUGUUGCUGGGUGGAUUUGCAGUGUUUCUGACCUCCUUUUUCACAGUUCAGCUCACGAUGAGGGACUGUGCCUUGAAACGACGACUGGAGAAGGCGCUGUGCCGGUUUCAGUUCACGAUGUUUGUGGUGUCCUGGACUGGUGUCAUAAAGUUUCAUGGGCCCAGGCCGACGGCCGCCCCCAACCGCGUGUGGGUGGCGAACCACACAUCAAUGAUCGACUACAUCAUUUUGUCGUCGUAUUUCCCAUUCGCGGUCAUCAUGCAGUUGCACCCUGGCUGGGUUGGAUGGCUUCAGAGACGUGUUUUGAAUUGCCUUGGGUGUCUGUGGUUCAAACGCACGGAGGCCAAGGAUCGAAAACUUGUCAUGGAGAAGAUGCGAAACCACAUACGUGACCCCAGAUCUCCACUGCUUAUAUUCCCUGAGGGCACAUGUGUGAACAAUGAGUACUCCGUCAUGUUCAAGAGGGGGGCAUUCGACAUAGGCGCCACCGUGUGCCCCAUCGCCAUCAAGUACAACAAAAUAUUCGUGGAUGCGUUCUGGAAUAGCCGAAGGCAGUCGUUCACACAACACCUGCUCAAGCUGAUGAGCAGCUGGGCGGUUGUCUGCGACGUAUAUUUCCUGGAGCCCCAGACUCUGCGGCCUGGAGAGUCGUGGCAGUCCCUGGCGUCCCGGGUGCAAGGCAUGAUCGCCAAGAGGGCGCAGUUGAGGGUGGUAUCGUGGGACGGCUAUCUCAAGUACUACAACCUUGGGGAGAAGCACCCGCAGCUGAUUGAGAAACGGCGGCGCGUGUUCGCGAACUCCAUACGCCGCUACCUCAGGAGUGAGGAGCCCAGUGAGGAGAGCCGCACGGGCGAGGCCGAGGGGAUUGCCCAGCGGAAAUCGCGAACCGAAGGGGCUGAAUGA